AUGUCGACUACCCCGCGCCGUUCACGCACUCCGACUCGCGUGCCCUCAUAUCCUGGCACCCCUGACCUGGGUCGCUCACCUUCCCGCCUCGCGACCCCACCCGCCAUCCGUUCAGUUGCAUCGGUGUCCUCAUUUCGGGUGUACAGCCAUGGAUCUUCGUCAACGCAUACCCCCGGCUCUGUGGCUCCCACGGCAAUGGAGGGAGGGGGAAGCAGCUCUUCCCCGUCGGGGGCUGAAGGCAUCAUGAUCGUUCAAGAGCCUGACGCAGACGUGGACCUCGUCGACGGCGACGAAGGAAGUGCUGCCGGUAUUGUGGAGUCUCGUGCAGGAAACGAAGAAUCCAAGAAGAUUCUCCGCGAGCAGUUACGCCGGACUCUGAGCAAGAAAGAGUCGUUUCAAGCAGAGCGAUACACCACCCGCCAGUACUUCGUCCUGACAGAUGCAGGAAAGCCGGUAUUCGUCAGUGACCGAGACGCGAACUCGGAUGGUGUAACGUCCAUGUUGGGUGUUGUCCAAGCCCUUAUCUCUAUCUUCUUGGACGACAACGACAAGCUGCGGAGCAUUAACUCGAGAGACUUGCAUAUAGUCUUCCUCCUCCGGCCGCCUUUGUAUUACGUUUGUGUUUCCUCUUGGGGUGAGCCGGAAUCAGUGGCCAGGUUUCACCUGGAAUACCUACACUUGCAGAUAUUGAGCAUAGUCUCAGCUGAACAGUUGAGGCGAAUGUUCGAGCAACGGCGGAAUUUCGACCUGAGACGGCUACUAGGAGGCGCAGAACCAUUCCUCUAUUCUUUGUUGGCUAGACUGGAGUGGGACCUGGCUAUGAGCACAUCGUCGCUCCAUUGCUUGAAACUUGACCCAGUGCUGAGGAAGUCGGUCGCGGACAUCUUGGUGCCUAAAUCGAAGAUCAAGGACAUACUCUACGUCAUUGUGAUAGCUCAGGGACGUGUUAUCACCUUGGUCAGACCAAGGAAACAUUCUAUUCAUCCAUCAGGCGAUGCAGAUCUUCACAUCCUCAUCAACACCAUCCACUCGCCAUCCAUCCUCAAUAACUCCGCUGCGGCGUCCUGGCUCCCCGUCUGUCUACCGAAGUUCAAUGCCUCCGCUUUCGUCAAUGCCUACGUGAUGUUCCUUCCCCGGGAAGACGCUCCGGAAGCUCCAGUAAAGUCUUCGUCCACCUCGUUAGACGACGCAGGAAGCACACGGGGGAAGGGCCCUGCCCCUGCAGAUACGGCUGACGUGGCCACUAGUCCCCGGGUUCCGACGGUCGCAAUUGCGCCCAGCUCGGUGCCCGAUGUCGCCGUCGUGGCAGUCAGCGGUAGCGCGGACUUCGACGCCGUGCGAAGCUGGUGCGACACCGUUUCACGCAGGCUGAACGAUGACGGCUUGUCGCGGAUGCUCGCGAGGGCUAUCGCCCAGGGGGACACCGAGUACUCUGUCUCCAAUCUUGGCGUCCCGGGAUUGAGGCACUUCGUGUACAAGUCGCGCUCGCACGUCCAACUGACAAUGCCCACCUUCGAGGAGCCGUAUGACGACUUGAACGAGAAGCGGAGACUGGUCACGCUGUACCAGACGGUGUACGACGCGAUCCACGCAAAGUCAGGCCAGGAGCGAACACUCAAGCUCCAGUACGUACGAACUAGUCAAGAGUGUGUGAUGGGCUGGAUCACUCAGCCUUUUGAGUUGUACCUGGCCUUGUCCCCUCGUUUGCCAAAGAGCGCUGCUGUAGGGGCCGCAAACGCCAUCGCACGCUGGGUGCAGAAGGAAGAGAAGCAGCUGUUCUUGAAGGAUGCUCCCGUAUUCUAG